CAGCGUCGCAGCGCUUUGGGCCGCGCAACAGCGCCUCUUCGCGCUCGAGAGUGGAUGCGGCAGAGGGGGCGAGGCGCUUCCUUCGCCUUGGGUAAGCGCAGCGCGGCGCGGCGCUGCAGGCUGAUGGUGGCUUCGCCCGAGGGUCCCUGCGCGGCCACUCUCUGCCAAGGCGAUGACGCAGCGCGAGGGACAAAGAGCGGUGCUCUGGCUGCGCGGUUGCUCCUCGAGCGGCACUCUGCCGCAGCAUGCAGGCCGCUGCUGCGGCCGCGUGCGUUCUGCGCCGAUAUCGACCCGCCAUUCGAUGACGCUGCUUUCGCGCUGCGCAUUGCCCACGCACGCCGGCUGCGCGCAUCGCCGCGCCCCCCGCUAGCCCGAAAGGGUUCGUGCCUUCAUCACGCUCGAGAGCGCUCGUGGUCAUUGGCCAUCCACGGACGCGGGCAGAGUGCGCUGCUGCUGCCUCCUGUCGCGCCUUCGAAGAGAGAAGAGGCUUUCGUCGCUUCGGCUCGCGGCUCGCACAACGUUAGCGUGUCCGCCGGCAUGCGCGAUGCAGCAGGCAGCAUGCAACCAGCACGGACCCGCUCUGCUGGGCCGUUCCGCCGCGGCUCCGAGGCCGCUAACGGCGGCUGCCGCUGCGCCAGAACACGCGGCGGCAUCGACAGCACGCCGGCGAGCCGCUGCAGCCGUCAGGCAGCGGCGGCAAGCGAAGGAUGGAUGCGCUGCUCGGCGCUGUGAGAGCGGCGGCUUGGUGGAGCAGAGGGGCGUCUGCUAUCACGUGACCGCGAGCGUGGGAGCAGCGCCGAGUCCCCAGCGCCAUCUCCGCCGCUCCGCCCUCCGACUCUCCGACGGCCAAGAUUCCGCC